UUAUAAAUUAAAGAAAUUCCAUCUUUAUCCUGCAGACUUUUGAACACCAAUGUCAAGGCUGCACGAAAUCGAUCACAGAAGACUCUUGUCUUUUUGUAUCUCUCUAUAUAUAUACACACACAGAGUAAUAUCAGUAUCUAGAGAGAUCUAAAGAUCAAGAUUUAAAUAAGAAAUGGCUGUUGAGGAUGAUGUAUCUUCGAUGAGAACAACGACGUUAGUCGCUCCAACAAGACCCACGAUCACAGUUCCUCAGAGACCACCGGCGAUCGAAACGGCGGCGUAUUAUUUCGGAGGUGGAGAUGGCCUUAGUCUAAGCCCAGGUCCACUUUCUUUUGUGUCGUCUUUGUUCGUUGAUAGCUUCCCUGACGUCUUGACUCCGGAUAAUCAAAGGACAACGUCGUUUUCUCAGCUUCUCGCCGGAGCUAUGUCGGUGUCUCCCGGAAGCGGACGUUCUACGGCGGGGAUGAUCGCCGGAGGAGGACCGUUGUUUACAAUUCCUUCUGGUCUCAGCCCUUCUAGUCUUCUCACCUCUCCCAUGUUCUUCCCUCCUCAGCAGUCACCAACUCAGACCGUCUUUAUUCAACCGCAGUCGCAACCAAAACGACCAGACUCAUUUCCUAACCAAAUGCCGCCAUCGACAUCCACGGCCGUGCAUGGCCGUCGAUCUUGUAAAGCUCCGCAAGCCGAUCGUUAUAAUAAUCCGGCGGCGAAUAACAACAAUACUAACCGGUCUUAUAACGUGGUGAACGUUGAUAAACCGGCGGAUGACGGGUAUAACUGGAGGAAGUACGGCCAAAAGCCGAUAAAAGGGUGUGAAUAUCCGAGGAGUUAUUAUAGAUGCACACAUGUUAAUUGUCCGGUUAAGAAGAAAGUUGAACGGUCAUCAGAUGGACAGAUCACUCAGAUCAUUUACAAAGGUCAACAUGACCACGAGAGGCCUCAGAACCGCCGUGGCGGUGGUGGUGGAGUUAGAGAUUCCGGCGAAAUUGGUGAUAUUCAUUACAUUGGUGGUGUAGGACAUAUAGAGUCUAGUGAUGAUAGUGGUUAUGCUAAUGAUCAUGACAAUGAUAAUGAUGAUGACAAUGAAGAUAUUCCAGGUUCAAAGAAAAGAAAAAUUGACGGGGGUGUGUCAACAACUCACCGGUCCGUGACCGAGCCAAAGAUCGUCGUUCAGACAAGAAGUGAAGUCGACCUCCUGGACGAUGGUUAUAGGUGGCGCAAGUACGGACAAAAGGUUGUCAAAGGAAACCCCCAUCCGAGGAGCUACUAUAAAUGUACAACAGCGAAUUGUACGGUACGUAAACAUGUAGAGAGAGCUUCUACGGAUGUGAAGGCUGUCAUUACAACUUAUGAAGGUAAACAUAACCAUGACGUCCCUGCCGCUAGAAACGGCACCGCCGCAAUCUCAGCCAUAGCGGGAACGUCCGAUCACCAUCGUAUGAGAUCGUUGUCGGGGAACAAUGUGCAACAACAUAUGAGUUUCGAUAAUACAGGCCAAUCUCCGGUUCUUUUGAGACUGAAAGAAGAGAAAUUAAUGGUCAUUAAUUGACUUUUAAACCGAGGAUUCGGGAUUGAUUUAGCAGCUCGGUUACUGAUACUGAACCGGGAUACUGCUUAGUGACUUGUAACAUGUAUGAUGUGACUUGAGUGCAUGCUUGACCAAAGAAAAGAAACUCAAAACCUCUGAUAAGUUUUUUGUUUCAUUUUCCCUCUUUAAAUUGUGAAUUCUUUUCUUUGUUGUAUUUAAUCAUUAAUUUCCUUUGAAUUA